UAAUAACCCUAUUACUCACUUAUCAAGUGCAGUGUUUCACUUAACAACUGUGGCAAGAAAAGUCGUAAAAUGGGGCAAAAUUCAUUUAACAACAUAAAUUUCGGGAUCGAUUGUACGGUCGAUAAAUCGAGGUCUGUACCUGUAUCAAAAUGGAGAGGCGAGGGAUCAAAAGGCGGACUCCUCUCCCGCCUCCACAUUUAAACCCUGUCGCUUCCAUUAAAGCGAACACGACUGCAUCGCUCAGAACCGAUACUUUUCUUUAAAGGCAGCUUCACCCGCGCCCGCUUCAGGUACGUGUAGAUCUCCUAGCCCUGGCAAGAAUGCCGCGCUGCUUUCCCGCCUCAAACACCGACCGUUCGGGACUGAGGAGCGGACGGAACUAGCGCCGCACGAGAGAGCACGAAGCCAUCUCCACCUCAGGUAGCCCCUCCUCUCCCCUGGCCCAGCCCCGCCUUAUUAGGCGGAGUGGGGGGGGGGGGAGAAGAGAGAUGGAGGGGGCCACGACAAGCGUAAUGCUGUGAAGAGGAAGCAGGCGAACGCUCCCAGGCGGCAACAGCGGGGAGAGAACAGUGCCUGAAGGGGUCACGAACUCUGACCUUUCGCCAAAAAGGCACCCUCUUUUCCCCUCCCCCCACCAACAUUCCUCCUGCACCCCCCCCCCGCUCCUACGCUAACCCCUUCGGUGUCGCUAUCUCCGCCUUCCGCUGCCCCCCUCCUUGGAGGAAGGCGGCGGCGGCGGAGGCCCCCCCCCCCGUCACGAACCAGGCCCAGCGAACCGUUAAGAGGAAGCCACAGCCAAGAUAGCUUGGCGCCAAAUCCUGAGGUAAAAGACCGCCUUGUGCUUGCAGGCGUCGAGGGUUUUUUUUCCGGCCCCGCGGCUGAGGCCGGCGGGCAGCAGUGCCGCAUGGCGGAGCGUCUGACGGGCGGUGCGUGUCUCGGUUCUCUAAUGAUCUUUCACCAUGGCAACCAAUAUGGAGGUGCUGGCUCAGCAAAUAGUGGAGACACAGCAGGUGGCUGAGGUCCAAACUGUCCAGUCAACCUUAUCUGAAACUCCAGUGAUGACCAGCCCUUCCCAGCGCAUCCAGAUAAUCUCCACAGACUCCACUGUAUCGUCACCGCAGCGUAUUCAGAUUGUUACAGAUCAGCAAACAGGGCAGAAAAUUCAAAUAGUGACAGCAGUGGAUUCAUCAGUAUCCCCAAAGCAACAAUUUAUACUUGCUAGUCCAGAUGGUACUGGAACAGGGAAAGUAAUACUAGCUGCACCUGAGACUUCUAAUACCAAGCAACUUAUUUUUACCACAGAUAAUAUUGUGCCAGGCAGAAUACAGAUUGUCACUGACUCUGCCUCUGUGGAACGUUUAUUGGCUAAAACUGAUGUCCAGCGGCCACAGGUAGUAGAGUACUGUGUUGUCUGUGGAGACAAAGCAUCAGGUCGUCAUUAUGGUGCUGUCAGUUGUGAAGGAUGCAAAGGCUUUUUUAAAAGAAGUGUGAGAAAAAAUCUGACAUAUAGUUGCCGUAGCAACCAGGACUGUAUCAUCAAUAAACACCACAGGAAUCGUUGCCAGUUUUGUCGGCUCAAAAAAUGCCUUGAGAUGGGAAUGAAAAUGGAAUCUGUACAGAGUGAAAGGAAGCCUUUUGAUGUACAACGUGAGAAGCCAACCAACUGUGCUGCUUCAACAGAAAAAAUAUAUAUUAGAAAGGAUUUAAGAAGUCCUUUGAUAGCAACCCCAACAUUUGUUGCAGAUAAAGAUGGGGCUAGAUCAGCCAGUCUUCUGGAUUCAGGGAUGCUUGUAAAUAUUCAGCAGCCUUUAAUACGGGAUGAUGGUACAGUGCUACUUGCUACAGAUCCCAAGGCUGAAACAAGCCAAGGUGCUUUGGGAACAUUAGCAAAUGUUGUAACAUCACUUGCCAGCCUUAACGAAUCUCUUAAUAAUGGAGAUACUUCAGAAAUUCCACAAGAAGACCAAUCUGCAAGUGAGAUUACUAGGGCAUUUGAUACUUUGGCUAAAGCACUUAAUACUACAGAUGGUGCCACAGCACAGAAUCUAGCUGAUGGGAUGGAUCCUGCGGGUGGUGGAAAUAUUCAUGUCAUCAGUAGGGAUCAGUCCACUCCGAUUAUUGAAGUUGAAGGACCUCUCCUUACAGAUACUCAUGUGACAUUUAAGUUAACCAUGCCUAGCCCAAUGCCAGAGUAUCUGAAUGUGCAUUACAUAUGUGAGUCUGCAUCACGAUUACUUUUUCUUUCCAUGCAUUGGGCCAGAUCCAUUCCUGCUUUUCAGGCACUAGGGCAAGAUUGUAAUACAAGCCUUGUGCGUGCCUGUUGGAAUGAGCUCUUUACUCUAGGCCUAGCCCAGUGUGCACAGGUGAUGAGCUUGUCAACUAUCUUGGCAGCAAUUGUCAACCAUUUGCAGAACAGCAUCCAGGAAGAUAAACUUUCUGGAGAUCGAAUAAAACAAGUGAUGGAGCACAUCUGGAAACUCCAGGAGUUUUGUAACAGUAUGGCUAAACUUGAUAUUGAUGGAUAUGAAUAUGCUUAUCUUAAAGCGAUAGUCCUCUUUAGUCCUGAUCACCCUGGUCUUACAAGUUCCAGCCAAAUCGAAAAAUUCCAGGAGAAAGCUCAAAUGGAGCUGCAAGACUAUAUUCAAAAAACGUAUCCAGAAGAUACUUACAGGCUAGCUCGAGUUCUAGUUCGCCUGCCAGCUCUUAGACUGAUGAGUUCCAGCAUUACAGAAGAACUCUUUUUUACUGGUCUUAUUGGAAAUGUUCCAAUUGACAGCAUCAUCCCCUACAUCCUGAAGAUGGAAACAGCAGAGUACAAUGGUCAAAUAACAGGAUCGUCUUCUUAGAAGGAAUUAGCUCAUCCUGAUGGACCUGAAUGCUAAUUUACUGAUUCCUUGGGAUAAGGUGUACAAAUGUUUUCAACGCUUUUCGUUUUCUUGUUAAAAAUUCUUUUAUUCAAAAACAAGGUUUAAAAAACCCUACAGAACUUUUUUCUAUGACCUAUUUCUGCCAGAACAAAUAUUUGAAUUUGUUUUUCUGAAAUGAUACAGUGAAUUGAUAAAUAUAUCUUUAAUAUGUCUUUUUAUUUAAGUAUUAUCUAUGAGUACACUAUAGCUUCUCUUAUGACAGAAUACACAUUAAAAAAUAUAUAUUCCGAACUUUAGCUUGGAUCCAAAAGGCUCCAAGAUGUCUUCUGCAAAAGGAUUGCCCCCUCCCCCAACACAGCCCUUGUUCUUUCCCCCCCUUUCCAAAAUGAAAUGCCACUCCAGGACAGCAUGAGGCAUAGCAUGCUAGUUUGUUGGAGAGAAAAAAAUGUUUACAAGAUAAAUGUGCUUUGAAUUCAGUCUAUAUUGUGUGCUCACUCACAUACAUGCAGAUAAUUUAAAAUUAGCAAGAUGUAGGAAUGGUCAGCACUUCCAAAGAAUGUUUUAUGAAAGUAAGAUAUUACUCUCAUAAUCCUGCUUCCUUGAAUAGGAUAAAUGAAUAGCAUUUUAAUUACAGAUGUAUACUAAUAAUUUCUAUGAAAACUUACAGCCAUGGCAGACAAUCAAUCAUUUAUGCUACAAAAUUUUUAAUUACAUUUGUUUAUUAAUAACAUGAUACUUUUAAUGAUGUUUGAAUUAAAUUUUGCUAAAUGAAUAGAAAUGUUUAUAGCAUAGGAAAAGCAUAAUGUUUAUGGCUCAACUGUAAACUUGAUAGACUCUAUAGAAGUUAUUUACAUUGAAAAACAACACACUACUUAUAGUGAGGCACUUCUGAGAAUUUUAAGAUGUUUGCCAAUAGUUUAAAAAAAAAAGUGGGACACAUCCAUCACUUUAAAUAAGAACCACAUGCCUUUUAUAGACAGAACAAUUUAAAAAAACAAAUUUCAUACUCAUUCCUUCUAAGAAUGAUUCAUUCCUUCUGGGAAGACUGACUUUGGCACAGUUCUGAUAUCACUAAAUUAGUGAGGAAUCUAUUGAUUAUUGAGAUGUUGCUUCUCAAAGGAGUCCUACAAUCAGUUUGGAGCACUCCAGUAACAAAGUGGUUCAACAUUCCUAAUGAUCUGCCAAAACAAUCUUAGAAAGGUGGGAUGAAAGCAAGAAGGAACUGUAAUAGCAGUGAAAGAGAAUACAUAUAGCCUAACUUCUGGGUCUUUGGUAUGUGUUUGGCUAUGUGGCAGAUGGUUCGGCUACAAUAGAUCCUGGGUUCUGCCUAGCCUGGUCAUCAGAGUAUGAUCACAGCGGGGAAGUUUCUUAUAGUCCCUGCAGUAGUAUUCCAUGGAACUAUAAAGUCGUAUCCUAAGAAUUCAGAUUUUUCAGAUUUUCUCAGCCUGCAAUCCAACUUACAUUCUGAAACAUAUGCCAUAAUUUCUAUAGAAAUGAUACCCAAUAGUGUAGAAAAAAGAAUAGUCAUGUGUUUAUUUAUAUUAUGCUGUAUCUGUUUUCCCAAUAUUUUAUAUGUUCUGGAAUUAUUCAGAAUCUGAUAAAUCACCUGGAGUCAUAGUACUAAAAAUGCCAUGUACAAUCUGUCAAAAUAUUAAGGCUGGCCAAUUCUACUCAUAUCCAGUACUGCUUUUAGAUUUCAUAGUAUAUUGUACAAAACUUCUGUAUUUCAAAUCAUAGUUGUAAUUUUUAUUUCAUACAUACAUACUUUUUUCAAAUUGACUUUUAUAUGAAAACAUAUUUCAACAAGUAUGUCAUUUAUACUCAUUGUUAAGUAUAUGGUGGUUUCAGUGAGCAUUUUAGUAGAGGCAUUUUAUAGUGAGUAUUUUAAAGAUGUUAAUAGAUGCAGGUACCAAUGAAGAAUAAGAAAGGUUAGUCCAAUUUAAUAGAUGACAUUACUUAUAUUACAUAAGUAAUAUAGUCUUACAGAUCUUUUUCCUCAGAAAAUGUCACUGAACUCAGUGGUGCUUACUUCCAGUAUGUGUUUAUACUGCAUAAUUAUAAUUCAUUCAGUAAAUUCCUAAAUAUACCCAAUUUUUUAAUAUUUACUAUUCUUUCAUUAACUUAAACUUAAUUCAUAAAACACUGUUACACAGAAGCUGAAUUAGCAUACUCCCUGAUUUUUCUUAAACAGGAGCUUAAUAUAAUUUGCAUUGGAAAUACUUUCAGUGGGACUAUGACUAUAGAUGCAUUGGGAAGUACUGGAAAGUGUUGUAUAAUAUAUGUAAUACUAAAUAUUUAAAGUAACAAGAUCAGUUGGAAAUAGAAUUGAGUCUGUCCUGGAUCAUAAAACUUAAAGCUAAUUACAGGCCAAAUAUAUGAAGUUAAAAACAUUGGAUGAGGAAAUAUUAAAUAACUGAAAUUAUAUUUUAGCGCGAUUUUUAUGAAAUCUGCAGGACAAAUUAUGUACACUAUUUUUAUUGUGAUAAUUUAUAACACUAAUAUAUUUUACAUGCUACCCUGAUUGGUAUGGUGACACAUAUAUUUUUAAAACUAUUAGAUUAUGUAUAAUAUUUAAUUAUGCAUAUCUAAUAAAAUAUAUGCAAUUUGAAUAAUAUAAAAAUAGUAGUUUUUAAAAUAAUUCAGUGCAAAAAGAAGUAAUUUGCUGAAUUCUGCACCAGGUUAGAUCCUCUACAACCCAUUAUUCAGAUAUUAAUUUCAUUCUCUUGUAUUAAGUUGAAUAAAACUAGUUUACAUCAUUUGUUUUACUGAUCUAGAGUUUGGACCAAGCCAAAAUAUAUUUAAAUAGCACUAUUUUAAUCACAUUGAGAUGCAAUAUUUCAAUUAUUUGCAUUCAUUAUUUAUUUACUUCCCAUUUCACCUAGAAGCUAGGUCCUAACUUGUGUAUUAUAAAAAUGUUUCUGCAGUUGUUCAUUAUCAUAGCAGAGAUGUGUAGUAGAUCUCACAACUAUAGUAGGAAUUAUUUUUAUAUUUAUGCUUUUCACUGUGCCCAAGACACCAAGCAUUUAUUUAUUUAUUUAUUGUUUUACGUUUUGUAUAAUGAACUAUUCUAACCCUUUUAAACUUUUGGUUUUUAUAAAAGCUCUAGAAAGUUUUUGAAGCAUCUAGAAUUUAUACUUCCAAUUUUCAAGGAAAGAAAUGCUGCGCAGAAGGGCAUUAGAAAAAGGACAUUCAAUAUAGGCCAUCCUUCAUCUUGUGCAACCUGUUGGAAUAUGUUUUCUGAAUAUAAUUUUCUUUUUAAAAAUGUAAGCAUUGCUGUUGCUUAUGUGCACACCGAAAAUCUCUCAGCAUGUUUGGAAGAGUUUUGCUUUUGUUUUUCAGAUGGUAGCAGCUACCAGUAUACUACAAGAAACUAUUGAUGUGGGUGCAUGUUGAAAGAAACAUGACUGCACUGAGAAACUACUAUUCAGACAGAAAAUAAAAAAGUCUUUUGUUUCUCUAUAUUAGAAUUCAUUAGGUUCUAUCCAGUAUCACAUAAUAGAAGUUACUCUGCUUCUGUUCUAUUUGUAUUUUCCAGAUCUGCUUCAGAGUUCUGCUAAUCAUCUAUAGCAGAUUUGCAGAGCUGCUUUGAGUAGAAUGAAUGCUAUGUAUUCCUUGGGCAGACAAAUACACUUUGCUCAGUGGGUAAUUAUCCUUGGGCCAUGCGCAUCAGUGAAAGCAAUAGAGAUUUGCCUAGUUGGUGUCAUAUAAUCCUGACCCUUUGUAAUUUGAGCUUAAAAUAAUUAUUGAAGGUUGUUUUAUCACAAAGUCAUGGCACCUUUAAAAAUUACCAGUAAGUGGAAAUUUUAAUGUAAUAUCUAUUAUUCUGAAGGUGGUCAUUUGAGAUGAUUACUGUUAUCAAGCACACUUAUUUGAAAGCAAGUUAUCUGAGAUUAGUGGAAUUUAAAUAUCCAUGUUAAGGAUCUGCAUUUAAAAGAUGUCCUGAAUGGACAGUUUGUUGAUAAAUUGAACUUACGAAAUUUAAUUUAUUUCAGUGGACUUGGACAUGCAUGAGAAUAAGUCUAAAAUCUUCUUGCUAUGGAUAAGUAUAGGGCAACUGACAAACCAUUAAAUAAUACAGUUUUCUUGAAUAUUUAAUUAAAUAAAAUGAAUUGUAAUUAAAUAAAAGAAAAUGAAUUAAAUAAAAGUAAAAAAAAUGUAAUUUUAAGUAUGUGUCCAUAGGUGGGUUUUAUUAUCAAAAAUAAUUAGAUAUGUCAUUUAGAGUUCAGUUUGAAUAUGCCAUAUAACAGGAAAAGUUUUUUUAAAAAAAUCUUAGGACUUGACCAAGCUCUUAAGCAUAAUCAAAAUAGUGCUUUGGAUGCUGGCCAUAUUUAUUUGUUUGAAUGAUGUUUAUGUGUUAGUUUCUAACUUUGUUCAGUACAUGUACAGUGUAAUAUAAAAUGUGUAAGUAUGUAUGUAAAAUUAUGUACAGUCUUACUCAUAUGUACCAGAUUUCUAUAUGUUAAAAAAAGAUUUAUAAUUGCAUUGCAAAGCUUGAGCUUCCUACAUUUUAUAUUUUGUUCAAAUCUUGAUAUAAACAUGCCUCCCUCUCAGUAGAGUGGGCUAUUGUUUUUAAACCUAGGAUGUAAUUGCACUUUGUCUUAAAUACUGAAGCUAUCUAAUAGUUCCAAUUUUAUUUGUUAAUAUUCAGAAGGCCAGCUGAAAUUAUGGAGAUUGUGCAGUGACAGUGGUGGUGAACUGUGGACCAUAAACCUUUCUGUAUAUUCUCAAUGCCUGCAAAAGAGGCUUUUUGUAUUUUAUCUGAGCUUUUCUUUUGCAUAGUCUUCUUUUUCAGCGUGUACAUUUUGAUCACACUGUAUUUUAAUGUUAUCAGUACAUCCCUUCCAAGUUGCUGAUUAAAAUGAACAAGGCUGUCACAACAAAUGAGUCUAAUUUUAUAUUGUUAGCUGUUUUAUUAAAUGAGCAUAAGGCAAAAUGUUGUGUCAUGAAUGUCACUAACUGAUUCUGAUAUGUUAUCUUCAAAGUAAAACUUUUCUUUCUUGUGGAGAAAAUGGCAAAAUAGCAAUAGCACUUAAACUUAUAUACCGCUUCAGUGCUUUACAGCCCUCUCUAAGCGGUCUUACUA